AUGCGCUUCAAUUGUUUCCAAGUGGUACCUUGGUGCCUACUUCUGUCAGAGGCAGCAACCGCGGUCCCUCAUCCCCGAAAUCAGGUUCCUCCAGGGUUUGUUACGACUGAAGGUGGGAAGUUCAAGUUGGACGGGAAAGAUUUCUACUUUGCCGGGUCCAAUGCGUACUACUUCCCCUUCUCUGGCACAGACGAAGAUGUCGAAAAGGGACUGAAGGCAGCCCGUGAGGCGAAACUCAAGGUGUUCCGCACCUGGGGAUUCAACGACAAAAAUGUCACCUACAAUCCCGAUGGCCUUCCCAAAUACGGUGACGAGGGUGCUGGAGCGACCGAGGUCGUCUUUCAACGCUGGGACAAUGGAAAAUCCACAAUCGAUGUCACUCCCUUUGACCGAGUAGUAGCAGCCGCAGAGAAGAACGACAUCAAGCUCUUAGUUGCGCUGACAAACAAUUGGGCCGACUAUGGAGGCUCUGAUGUUUAUGUCGUGAAUCUUGGCGGCCAGUAUCAUGACGAUUUCUACAAGGUUCCCCGAAUCAAGGACGCUUUCAAGCGUUAUGUCAAAGAGUUUGUCACUCGAUACAAAGAUUCGCCCACAAUCUUUGCUUGGGAGCUUGGAAAUGAGCCUAGGUGCGGCGCAGAUGGCGUGCGAAAUCUCCCGAGGAGCGCAGACGGGUGCGAUCCCCAUGUUCUCGGCGCUUGGAUCUCAGAGAUGAGCGCAUACAUCAAGGAAAUCGAUCCAAACCACCUCGUAACUUGGGGUGGCGAAGGCGACUUCAAUAUCGAAUCCGAUGACUGGGCAUAUAACGGUAAGAAUGGAGGAGACUUCUCAGCUGACAUUGCUCUGGAUACCAUUGACUUCGGCACGUUCCACUCUUAUCCGGACUGGUGGAGCAAGACAGUCGAGUGGACAGAUCAGUGGAUCAAAGAUCAUGCUGAAGCUGCUCGCAAGGCCAACAAGCCCGUUCUUCAUGAAGAGUACGGGUGGAUGACAGACUUGGGAAGAUGGGAAAAUCUUGGCAAAGUCAGCAACGUCUCGAGAAUCGAGGCCAUUGGGGGAUGGCAGCAAAUCGGUCUCGAGGAAAAGAUUUCCGAUAUGUAUUGGCAAUACGGAUACUCGGGCUAUUCGUAUGGAAGAAACCACAAUGAUUCUUUCACCAUCUAUUUGGACGAUGAGGAGGCGAAAACCCUGGUCUACCAACACGCCAAGGAUAUGGAGAAACUGAACUAUAACUGUAAGAAGUGA